AUGCCGCGCAAUCCUCCGAACCGCCGCGAUGGCAACAGUCGCGGGUCGGAUAAUGGUCGUAGACCCCCAAGUAGUCGCUUUCGACCUCGCGACGAACAGUCGAGAAAUGGCGACAGUUGGCGACCCGAUAACUCAUACCCCGAUAGAAGCGGCCGCGGCGGUUCCAGGCUGAGAGCUAAUAGUUAUCGGCCUUCGCAGCCCAGCCGCUUCCAUCCGCCACCUCAAGGUGAUUUCACAUUUCGUAUGGAUAAGCCUGCUGGUGUUGGCGAGUCUAGUAUCGGUGGCUAUGGCCACCGACGUGAUGAUCGGCGAGACCAGCGUCGUCCUCAAAGAGGUCGCUCAACCCGGCGAUGGCAGCCUCCACCCCCUCCAUCCGAGCGUGCGCUGAUAUCCGGCGCAACCCUGAAUUUGCCCGAGGAGCGAGUCGACGGUGUCGAUGGGCCCAAUAAGUUCCGCGACCUGGACGAGCUCUCAGACGAUGAUGAACUUGCCAUGGACAUAUCAUCUCACUCUGAAGAUGAAGAUGAGGGAACAUCGGCGAAAAGACAGCGCACAGACGCAGCCGAGGAGAGUGGUGCAGAGGUGCCCAAGUGGUCCAAUCCAGAUCCCUAUACUGCACUGCCUUGUCCUGAUGACACAACCAAGAAGAAGCGUGACGUCGUCAAGUUGAUUCGCAAAGCCCGUAUGGAGGGGAAGGAACUAGCAGGCACGCCGUCACAGGCUGAAGACUUCUUGUCCUUUGACCCAACCGAUGAUGAAGAUGAAACUAGCGAGGAAUCUGAAUCUGAAGCCGAGGCAGAUUAUGAGCCACCGCCACCUGCUCUGCCUACCGAGCCAGCGUCUGCGAAGAGUGCUUUGUCACAAUCACUACCGCCUCGGCCGCCGGCACCCCAAGCUAAUCCCUCGGGUAGCACUUCUGACCCUCUAGGAUCGCGAAAGCGAACUAUUGAUGAUGAGAUCAAGCCACCCAACUACGGGCAAUUCAAGAAAGUGGGCGCGAAACCUGCCAAAGGUUCCGUCGCCUCUUCGUGGCUGACGAAGAGAGGUGAAGACCCUUGUCCUUGGGCGACGGUAGAUCACACUAAAACAUCGGAUAUGGCGUUUCGCCUUCACAAGGAAGUCAUAGAUUUCUAUGAAUACGUCCGACCGCGACAGUUUGAGCAACGCAUUCGAGAUAAUCUCGUCGACAAUCUGAAACAGGCCAUGAAACGAGAAGGAAGAAAUUUUGCCAGUGCGCACGUCUUUCCAUUCGGCUCAUUCAUGUCAGGUUUAUAUCUUCCCACCGCGGAUAUGGAUAUUGUUGUCUGUUCUGCGAGCUUUAUGCGAGGCGGGCCGGCAACCUACCUUGGUGCCAAGAGUUGGCUGUACAAGUUUCAAAAGUUCUUGGUCGCUCAGAGAGUGGCUGACGCCGAUGCAAUCCAAGUCAUCGCACAUGCACGCAUACCUCUGGUCAAAUAUGUCGACAAAAUGACUGGUUUGAGAGUGGAUAUCUCGUUUGAAAACCUUGGCGGUGUAAAUGCCAUUGAAACCUUUGUCAAGUGGAAGCAGCUAUACCCCGCCAUGCCUAUCCUCGUCACUGUCAUCAAGCACUAUCUGCUUAUGCGCGGCUUGAAUGAACCAGUAAAUGGUGGCAUCGGUGGAUUUUCCGUCAUUUGCUUAGUGUCCGCCGUCCGCUCAUUUACCUACAAGAGCACCGACAGGCUUUCAAUCAUUGAUCCAAACAACUCUGAAAACGACAUUUCUGGUGGCUCCUCGAAUGCAGUCACUAUUCUUGCACGCUUCGGCGACACAUACGACCAUCUACGUCAAAGAAUGAAAGAAGUCGCAAAGGACCCGUCCUGCGGCGGCAUACUCGACGUUAUUAUGAAGGGCGACUACUCCUCCUUUCAAAUGCAGCGAGAUUUUCUCAAGAAGGUUCACGAACAGUUCCUCGGUCCUUGCUCAGACUGA